AUGUCUUCCAUUCAAUUCCUCCUUGGGAACUUCCUCCGUGGACAAGAGCAAUACACUCUAUUGUGCGAAGCUGAUGCAAUAACAACGCCCAUCUACUACAUCUACCUCACCACCGAUACUAGUAGUACUACAUCGACUACCACGUCCGAGGCGCCUAGUCCUACAUCGACCACCACGCCCGAGCCGCCAAGCUCAACACCAGUAGGCGCCAUUGUAGGAGGAGUGGUGGGAGGAAUAGACGGCUUGGCCAUCAUUAGCCUCCUGGUCUUCUUCCUCCUCCGUCGACGGAAGAAGAAGAUUUCGACUCCUCAGCAGCCAUUCAUGUCAGAGUAUUCGCCCGACUAUAACCGGGCCUCGCAGUGCAGUAGCAGCGCAGCGUUCGAUCAGCGUUCCAGCGUAGCUGCCACAACCACUGGGGCAAGCUCGGCAUUCGAACGCCAACAGGGUCUUGGUGGGAGCAGCAUGUCAACGCCACCAGUAGCGUUUUACCCCUCUGAUGUCACUGGGAUGCAGCCGCAAUACCAGGGAACGCAGGAUAUGUCCCCGAGUGACAAACCGUCCCGGCUUCAUGAGAUGUUCACUGGUUAA